GCAUGUGAAUAAUGUUAUAAAAAUUACUGGUGUAUAUACACACUAGAUAUUGCAGCUUUGUAUCUUUAAAAUUACAUAUUUUACAUGCUUCUUUGUAUAGAGCUUGGACAAACUAGAAUUAAACAGAAGCCAUGAAAAAUGUUCACAAAUCAAGGCAGUGUAAACUUUCUUAGUUAUAUAACAAGGCCUGUGUGAAAAAAUACUCUUUUUAGACCAUUCAGACUUAAAAGUAAAUGUUACCCACGGGAUUUGACGAAUUAAUGUAUUUUUGGUAAAUCACAGUAGUGUUUAUUUAGCUGCUUGGGGGAAGGGAGCGAGCUGACUGAAUUUGGGGACGUGGAGAGGCUGUGGGGCGGGCGGGUCUUGUUCUCUCAGGCUCCUGCGUACUUUGGGAUUCCCAUACAGGACCAUGGCCUCCUCAUCGCACUGCCUCAGACUUGCAUUUCUUUUAUUCUGCUUUUCUGUUUGCGUUCUUGCGCAGUAUGAGAAAUACAACUUUCGUAGUUUCCCACGGCACGAGCUUAUGCCGCUGGACUCGGCGUACCGACACGCUUUAGACCAGUACAGUGAGGAAAAGUGGCCCGAGACCGUUGAGUUUCUGGAGAUGAGUCUCCGACUGUACCGGCUGCUCAGGGACAGCGAGGCCUUCUGUAACCUCAACUGCAGCACGGUGCGUCUCGACGACGAGACGCGCUUUAGCGACUUCCCCGAGCUGCACGCUUUCGGUAACGUGAUGAAGCGAGCUCAGUGUCUGAAGCGAUGCAAGCAGGGCUUACCUGCCUUUAGGCAGACGCUCCCCAGCCGAGAAACCAUCGAGGAGUUUGAGAAACGGGAACCCUACAAGUACCUGCAGUUUGCUUACUUCAAAAGUGAUAAUUUGGCCAAAGCUGUAUCUGCAGCUUACACAUUCCUCCUGAAGCACCCUGAUGAUGAGAUGAUGCAGAGGAACAUGAACUAUUACAAGAGCUUACCUGGAGCUGAUGAACAUUUGAAAGACCUGGAGACCAAGUCAUAUGAGACGCUGUUUAUUCGGGCCGUGCGGGCCUACAAUGGUGAUAACUUCAGAACGUCGGUGUCAGACAUGGAGUUGGCAUUGAGAGACUUUUUCAAGGUGUAUGACGAGUGCAUCGCAGCAUCAGAGGGAUCCAGACAGAUCAAAGACUUCAAAGACUUUUACCCGUCUAUUGCAGAUCAUUACACAGAGGUUCUGGAGAGGAAAGUUCGCUGUGAGAGCGAGCUGACACCGGUUGUGGGUGGAUUUGUUGUUGAGAAAUUUGUGGCAACCAUGUACCACUACCUCCAGUUCGCUUAUUAUAAAUUGAAUGAUCUAAAGAACGCAGUACCGUGUGUGGCCAGCUACAUGCUUUUUGAUCCCAGUGAUCAGGUGAUGAAGAAUAAUGUGGAUUAUUAUCGAUACCACAGAGAAAAAUUUGGCCUCGCCGAUGAGGAUUUCUUCCCUAGAGCGGAAGCAGUGCGGUAUUACAAUCAAACAACACUACAGCUGCAGUUGCUAGAAUUUGCUAAACAGAAGUUCCAGCCGGAUGAUGAGGGUGAAGUCUUAGAGUUUCUUGAUGAAUAUCUUGAUGCUGAGGAAUAAAUCUCAUUUGCACUGAAAAAAAAAAAAA